AUGGGGUUUUUGGUGACAUCACGGGCGAGGAUCUGCUCAGCGUUGAGGGGUGAGGUGAGUGAUGCUGGAGAACGACAAUCGACCAAGAUUAGGAUCAAGUAUCUAGAAGCUGCUUUGAAACAAGACAUUGAAUUCUUCGACACGAAGGUUCGAACUUCUGACGCUGUUUUCACAAUCAGUAUUGAUGCCGUCAUGGUCCAGGAUGCCAUUAGUGAGAAGACAGUUGUGCACAUCCGAGUAGUGCUGGAAAUUUUUGUCAAGUACACUCUUCCUCAAGUUGCUGAAGCUAUUAGCCAGAAUCACUUUGGGUUUACUGGAUAUUGUGUUUCUGAUGCUGUCAAACAAGUUAACUCUUGUAAUAACAAGUUUUCUGAGUUGGUGUUGGCACCUUUAGGGAAUAGAAAUGGGGUUGUUCACAAGUUUGUGGAUGUUUCUUAUGCUAUUAUUAAGAAACUUUUAAAGGAUUGA